UUAAUGUGAAACACUAGUAUUUUUGAUAAACAGAGUUUAUGAGGACACUGACUUUUGAGGACUUAAAAGUGAUCAGAACAGGGUGACGCAAAACAAUGUAUAAAUAUUUAAAAGGGCAUUUCAAAAGUAGGCUAAUACUGUACAAAAAAUUAUAUUUUGUGACGACACAUACAUUAUAUUUAAUAUAUGACAAUGACUUACCUAUCCAAUUGAAGCAUGUAAAUACAUAAUUAACAAUUAAAUCAGCUGAUUAACAGACCUUAAAUAAAAAAUGAUUAUAUCAACAGUAAGAAAAAUGGCAACUAAAUAUUCUAACAAACGUGUAAAUGAAACACUGAAUAAUGUACAAAUAUACAGAGAUAUGAAAUAUACUGCAGAGAUAAAGUAGUAGAGAUUAUUUUAUUAAAUUACAAGUUUAAAUGAUCAUUUUAUUACGAAAUGAUAAUGAACGUAAACGCGCUUACUUAAUAUUAGUAGUUGUGAGCAUGUAUUUCGUGGUUAAAAAAUAAACAAUAUUUUGGUUUUCUGACGUGGAAAAAGGAGUGUUAGGCGCAGCCUGGGUUUUUGGCCAUGUGCCACCCCCUGGUUUAUAGCGAGCAGCGAGGGCUACAUGCGUCUCGCGGAGUCCUCAAUGGCGGAGGAUAGCCCUGUAUCGCUCACUCAAACAGACACUCCCUUUCCAGGCCUCCCCAUUUUUUGCAGUAUUACAUAACUGAUAUUUUAUACAGAAUCUAAUGUGUUUAUACACACGAUCGCAUGUGUAAUUUGAACUUCUUAAUAUUGCUGGUUUGGAUGUGUUCAGAAAUAUCUGUCUAAUAAAUGCCUCAACGCGAUUCCUCAAUGAAUCCAGUUUUAAUAUUACUAGAAGGUUGUGAUAUUGGCCGAUAUUUGCAUUUGGGGCACAGAAAGUAAGUUACAUUUAUCUCGCUUUUAUAAAAAAAUCGCAAAAGUUGGUACCACGCAGAAAGUCGAAAGAGGAUAAGCGUGACCCCGCCUCCGGAGGAGCUACAACACAUCCUGCACGUUUCACUUCACAAUACAUAUGCCUGUCUCUGUCGUGUUCUUUAUAAACAUGCCAUUAACUUCAUGAGCAGAGGAGAAACGAACAAGAUCCCACUUUACUCCUAUGAGAUUUGCUGUAUUUCUUCCGCAGCCUCUUCUCAUCUUAUCUGUUGUAGUAAAUUGUUAGUUUGCUUGUAGCUGAUACAGUGGACUUUGCGUGCAUUUUAAUUCAGCAUUUAAACGCGUUUUUUGAUUCUAUUUUUUGCGGUACAUAUAACUAGUUUAAAAUGCCUUUUCUCCAGCCUGUUACAGAUGCAGAUCUGGAGAGACUGGCUUUGGAUCGGGUUGUACCUUGUUUGCUGAAUUACGGUUUCUUUUAUGUUGAUAAUUUUCUCGGAGACUUAGUCGGACGUUGCGUUUUGGACCAAGUGAAAGAAAUCCACAAUUCUGGUCUUUUACACGAUGGCCAGCUUGCCGGUCGAAGGUAUGGGGUUUCCAAAAGGCACGUCAGAGGCGAUAAGAUAGCAUGGGUUAGUGGUACUGAAAAAGGCUGUGAAGCGAUCAAUUUCCUGCUUUCAUUAAUCGACAAGCUGGUAAUGUUUUGCAUCGGGAGACUUGGAAAGAACAACAUCCGAGAAAGAUCUAAGGCAAUGGUGGCCUGCUAUCCGGGUAAUGGCGCAGGCUACAUAAAGCAUGUGGACAAUCCCAAUGGAGACGGCCGCUGCGUCACCUGCAUCUACUACUUGAACAAGAACUGGGAUGCCAAGGAACAUGGAGGAGUUCUUCGAAUAUUCCCUGAAGGGAAAUCCUACGUAGCGGACAUCGAGCCGCUGUUUGACCGACUGCUGUUCUUCUGGUCUGACAGGAGGAAUCCGCACGAAGUCCAGCCAUCCUACACUAAAAGGUAUGCUAUUACAGUUUGGUACUUUGACUCGGAAGAGAGGGCUGAAGCCAAAAGGAAGUUCAGAGAUUUAACUGCAAUUUCACAGGAUAGGAGCACCUCCUGAUCCACCCCCCCCCUGGAUGUGUACCAUGGAAUACCCUGGGCCCACAUUCAGGCCUGAGUACUGAACCCGAUUGUCUCUGGCAUAGCACUUUAGUUUGUGUGUUCCGGACUUCUGUGGAGUAUGAACCCUGGUACCUGCCAAAUCUUCACACUUGCAUCUGGAAUCAUGGGAACUGUGUUAAGAUUUUAUUUUCUUUCCAGUUUGGUUUGGCCAUUGGUAUCUGGCCAUUUGGUUGCCACAUUAAAUCAUUUUAAGCACCCUAUGGAUUAAAGCAUCAGCCCAUCUGCCUUCCAUAACCACUUACGUAAUCGGUAAUGGUCUUGGGGUCUCAGUAUGCCCCAGGAUACCUAGGGCACAUGGCAGGGGGCGGAAAGACUGUGAUCAUGAAGGGAAUUAAAGUCCUGGCAAACUGCAACCUUACAGUGAAUUCAAAGGAAAUGUCCAUAAAUGCCUGCCUUGUGCCCAUAGCUUCCAAGAUAGGCUCUGGAUUCCCCACGACCCAGAAGGAGAAGGCGGUUUGGGAAAUGGAUGGAUGUCCAUAAACGCAUUUAAUUGUAAUUAACACACAAAAGUGAAUAAAACAGGACAGGGAGACGAAUAAGCAGGGGGUUUCAUCCAUGAUAUGCACCCUUUUUGGAAACAUGAGGCAGCACAAGAGAAAAAAUGUCCUUCUACUUCCUUCUGAAUCCCUUUGAAGCCUAUUUAGGAAACUAACCAAAGGAUACAUUUAGAUUCAAUAUAAGACAUUAUUUGAAUGAAUUUCAUAUAUUUUUGUGAUUUUCAUUUGCUAUGUGUUUUGGAGCAGUUUCACAGAAAAUUUAGAAGAAUAUAUUACAUGUUUAUAAUUUACUAUAAAUGUCUGACUAUACAGUCUUAAGUAAAGAUAUGUGGUUUGCUUGAAUGAUGUGUAGCUUAAGAACAACAAUGAAAAGAUUUUGUUUGAGUGACCCUGAGCAUUUGCAAGAUUUAAUGGCCUGAAAAACCUGAGAAUCCAAUUAAAUUAUUGAUAUUAAAAUAAUUCUUAAUAUCAUAGUUGCAUUUGUUUUAAGUGAACAUAUACUCAGAAUUUAUAUUAAAAUGUCUGAUAGUGUAAAUCUAUAUUAAUGUAAACAGCUUGCACCAAAAUUAGUUUAUGAAAAACUGAGCUGUACUGAAAGGUCAAAGAGGUGAAUGUGGAAAAUGAGAACAAAUGGAGAUAAAUCAGCUAAUAGCAGUAACAUAUGUGACCCAUCAGCAUGAAAUGAGUCUUAAGUUGCACUGGUAGAAUUACACCUAUAAGACUCGUUUCGUGGUGAUGGGUCACAUAUAUAGGACUGAAUGUCUGGCAUGAUAGAAGUUUUUGUGGAUUGACUUCUGAAGAUUUACUUUUUAUUCACAUUUAUUAUUCUGAAUGAAAUUUCAUGCCUAUUUGUUAUGGCCUCAAAUAUUAACAACAUAUAACAAAUUAACUUAAUUUGAUGUAAUAAAUACUCUUACGACAAUGUCGCAACAAUUGCAACAGUUAAGAUUUUUCAUAUAGCAAUCAGACAUGAAAAUUGCUUGUAUAUUAAUUGACUGCCUGACGUCUUCAUUUAAACACUUUCUCUUACUGAACAAUCUGCUCAGUCUACUUCUGUUCACUCUGCUUUUCUAACCAUUUAAAGAACUUAAAGAAUCCCAUUCUUUAAAAAGCAUUGCUGAAGUUAAUAUGAUCUUCGUAAACUAAAUGCUAUAUAUUUGUAAAAUACAUGUACAUAGUAUGUUUUAAGUAAUUUAUUCUGUUCUGCUUUCUUAAGUACGUUAUUACUUAUUCGUUUUGCUGAGUUUUGCUGAUUUAAGAUAUUGAAGAAUUAUUCUUGAAAAAGAAUUACAUAUACAAUUGUGAGUUAAAUGGAAGUUGGGCUCGCCAGACCCCUGAAAGUUACCUAAGUUGAUCUGAGUUCUGUCGAUAUAGAUUCUUCAGUACAGAUGUUGUGAUUUAAAUCUUUAUUGUUUUUUUAUCUAAUUACUGGAAUAUCAUAUACAUUAACAUGAUCUGUGGAAUUCAUGGACAAUUACAUGGUCAUCUGAGAAUAUUGCCAAUGAAGCGCUACCAGCUCUAAUGCAGAAAUGUAAUUGCAUUAGUUCAGUUUAAAUCCAUGUGCAUUAUAAAACAUAAAUGCAGGACCACAACAUGUAGAUGGUAAAUUUUGUACAAAUUGGGUGAUUAUGUGUAUAGAAAAACAUUUAUUUUUUUGCAAAUAAUCCUAUUUAUAUUCAUCAGUCAGAAGAAUUUAAACAAAUUGGAUUCAGGCAUUAAACUUAUUCUCAAGGGUUACUCUGAAAUUAUAUUUACAACAAUAAAUAUAGCAAUAUACAGCACUUCAAUUUUCCAUUUUUACAAUUCAACUAAACUUUACUUUUUUCUGAGAGGCUGUAUAAGAUGAAAAUCUAUAUUACUGCAUUUCAAAUUUUGUUCUGCCACAAAUCUUCAAUUGCAAUUGUUGAGUUGUGAGACGUACUUGACUUUAAAUAGGUUUAAAGGAUUUUCAGAUCUCCCGUGAUCCUGCAUAGGAUAAAGGAGCAUGGAGGAUGGAUGGAUGGAUGGAUGGUCAGACAAACUCUUGAUAAAAACUUGCUUGAGAAAAUAGGGAGCAAUUUCACUUUAUCUCACCUUCAACCAUUUUUCCCACAAGCACCCUUAAGGAAAAAGUGUUUUCAGAUCUUCUUUUGAAGCCUUAUCCUGUAUUGUUUUUGCAUUAUAUAGUAAUUAUGAUUUCUGUGUAUGUUAUCUGUGUCGAUAGUCUGAUUCAGACAAUUGAAUGUCAGGUGCGGUUUUACUGUUUUAAUCAUGAUUAUAUGAUGACUGUAUUGAAGCAUCCGUACUUAUUUUGUAUGUGAAACUUAGAGCUGCUAACUCAUCAUUAGACAUUAAAUUUAAUGUCUGUUGCUGUGUGGGUCAUGGCUUGCAGUGGAAGUUAAGCCUGCAGUUAUGGGUAAUUAUGAUUAGUAAGUCAGUCAAAUCUCCAUCAUCCUCAUGUAACAUUUCCCAGUCUAUUUUGAGAGAAGUGUGAUCAUAUUAAGAUUAACAUUCUCAGCAUUUUGGGAAAGUAUGUACUCAUGUUCCUGUGUGCUUUAAUUGACUUUGUAAGAAAUAUGCUUUAUUUAAUGUAAUGAUACGGUAACCUUUAAGCCAGCUUGCAUGCUGGUCAGCAGUGCUGGUCACUUAGACAAUAGUUUUGGAAAACUCUAAUUAUUACUGCAAGCCUUUGUUGUCUUAAUGCUUUUUGAGAAAUAAAGUGCUUUUUCCACCA